AUGCCCAUUGUCCGGGACGAAGCUUUGGCCCGCAAACUCAUCGGAAAGACCAUCCUCGUUACCGGCGCCAACCAGGAUAUCGGUCUAGAGACGGCUCGCACCCUCUACGCAACCGGUACAACUAUCUUUCUAGGCGUCAGAAGCCUCGAAAAGGGCAAGCAAGCGCUUGAGGACAUUGCUGGUUCUGAGAAUUCGGACGGAAAAGACGCGCUGCAUGUGAUACAAAUGUCUCUUGAUAACCUUGACUCCGUGCGCAAGGGUGUUCAAGACUUUCUCGCCAAGAGCGGCGGUCGCCUGAAUAUCCUCAUCCUCAACGCGGGCGUCAUGAACCAUGCGAAGACCAAAACCGAGGACGGUUUCUAG